CUUUCCGUUUAUUACUUUCCAUUGAUUCUUUUCGUUACUUUUCGUUUAAAAGAAAUUUUCGUUUAAAGCCAUGCCGUUUUUUCCUCGUGAAAAUUAACAAAUGUUUUGAUCUUUUUAUGGCCUCACAGCUAAUUUACCACACAAACAAACAUCACAUGCAGAAAGACAUAUUACAUGCCUGUGAAUAAAUGGUUAUCUGGAUGGCAAUUCGUUUUUCGUUUUAUUUCGUGUCAUCACAGUAAAUUAGCUGGCUCAUGAAGAUGAUCAACAGCUCGGGACACAAGAAUAAUCGAUCAAAUGUCUGGUAGAAUACGCAAAUUGACUUCAAAAGCUAUGGCGAACUAUGUCGAGAAGGUUAAAAAAUUGGAGAAAAACUUUGAAGAAAAAUCAGCAGCAAUUGAGAAGUUACUACAGGUGGAUAUUUAUUUAUGUGACAUUGACAAUCUUGAGAAGGAUUUGAGUGAUAAAUUGGAUGCUUUUCACAAUGAAAGUGAAAAAUUCAAAGAAUACUUGGAAACUAUAAAAACUGAUGAAUCUUUGAAACGCUUAAGUGAACUUACUGCUGAUCGUGAUAAACUUGUUCAUGAUGUUACAAAAUUUAAAGACAAAGUAACACAAUGGAAUCAAAUUAAAAGAAAUUCACUGUUUUCACCGGCUCGAAGUGUUGUCUCACAACAUUCAACUACAUCAUCAGCUAAAGCACGUGUAGCAGCAGCUAAAGCAAAAUUACGUUAUGCUGAAAUGGAAGCAAAAUUAAGAAAAGAGAAAGCUGAAUUGGAAGAAAAACAUGCCAUUGAAUCUGCCGCAGUUAAAAGACAACAAGAAACACUUGACAUUGACAUUGAUCUAGUUAAGCAACAAAGUGCGUUUGCUGAAAUUGAAGCAGAAGUUGAUGAGAAUGACUCUAAUGAUUGUAAAAGUGUAGAUUCAAUUAAAAUUCCAACAAGUAAAUUUAUAACAACACAAACACAAGUUAAAAGUGAAAUUAGACAGAACAUGCCACAAAAAGUUGGAACACAAGUCACAGGUGGUAUAAAUCAGGAGGUUACCAAAUUUUUAUUACGAAAAGAUUUUACUAUGUCAAGACUGACACACUACAAUGACAAACCGGAAGAUUAUGAAUCAUGGAAAAACAGUUUCAUUAGUGUAUGUCAAGAAAUGGAUGUGUCGCCAAAUGAAGAAUUGGAUUUAUUGGUGAAAUGGCUUGGACCAACUUCACAAAAACAUGCCUUAAAUAUUAGAUCCGCGCAUUCUCAUGACCCAAUUACAGGUUUAGAAAGAACAUGGGACAGAUUAAAUGAACGAUAUGGAACUGUUGAUAUUGUACACAAGUCGAUAUUGCAAAAACUUGAUAGGUUUCCUAAAAUCUUGGCCAAAGACAGUGAAAAACUAUAUGAAUUGUCAGAUAUUCUCUGGGAAAUUCAAGCAUUAAAACAAAAUCCUAGUUACGCACUAGCUCUCUCAUACUUUGACACUAGUGUAGGAGUAAAUCCUAUUGUGAGUAAACUUCCACACUUUCUACAAGAGAAAUGGAUCUACGAAGCAAGUAGACAUAAACAAUUUCAUGAUCAAAUUUAUCCAACAUUUGACGUCUUCGUGAAUUUCUUACAUCUACAAGCAAAGAUUCGUAAUGACCCAAGUCUCAUUUCUCCUUUGAACGAUGUGCAAAAAACUUCCAGUCCAGAUAUAAAAUCUAGGUCGAAAAAUGCUGUAUGGAACAGGAAGACUGAUGUAGACAGUAAUACGGACACUAAAUUAGGAAUAAGCCGUGUGAACAAUCAAGGUGAUACAACGUGUACAUUUUGUCCUAUACACAAAUCAACUAGUCACAAUCUAGAAAAUUGUCGAACAUUUCUUGCCAAACAAUACAAUGAUAGAAGGCAAUAUAUAAUUAAUGAAAAAUUAUGUUUUAAGUGCUUUAAAGCAAAUCACUUGUCAAAAAACUGCAGAGAAUACAUAUCUUGUAGUAAGUGCAAGAAAAGGCACAAUACUUUGAUGCAUAAAGACUUUGAAACUGGUGAAUUACAGAAUCAUGGCGGGGAGGCUGACUCAAAUAACAAUAUUAAAGUUUCCACAUCGUGUAUGGAAGUUUGCGGAAAUGAAAACUUCUCCGGUCGCUCAUGUGCCAAAGUUUGUUUAGUACGGGUAUCAAGUAAGGAGUCAAAGAGGUCAAUGUUAGCUUAUGCCAUUAUAGACGAUCAAAGCAAUAGAUCAUUAGCAAAGUCAGUUGUAUUUGAAAGGUUAAAGUUACCAGCUACUGAGAUAGAAUACACAAUAAAUAGUUGUACAGGACAGAAGGUGAAGUAUGGGAAAGUUGCAGAUUGUGUUAUCCAAUCGCAUUGUGGCCAACAAACUUUUGAAUUGAAAAAUCUAUUAGAGUGUGAAGACAUUCCUGAUCUAAGACAUGAAAUUCCAACACCGGAAGUGGCUCAAAAUCAUCCACAUCUCGCACAUAUAGCCAAUUACAUACCUACUCUAAACGCAGCAGAUAUAUGUAUUCUUAUUGGAAGAGAUUUAAUUGAAGCACAUCAUGUUCUUGACCAGAAGUUCGGACCAAAAGGAUCUCCAUAUGCGCAAAAACUUCCAUUAGGAUGGGUCAUUGUAGGAGAAGUUUGUGUUGGCACCCACAAGCCAAAUAUUGUAACAGUUAACAAACUUUUUCUUUUGUCAAAUGGUAGAGAAUCUAAUUUUGAACCGUGUCCAAACAUUAAAUUAGUAAAAGAAUGUACCGAUGACCAGAUCUUUAGGAGGUAUAACGAUGAUGAAGAAUUGGCAUAUUCAGUGAUCGACAAGCAAUUUAUUGACAUCAUGGACAACAACGUUAAAAAAGUAGACAAUAAAUGGUCGGCACCUCUUCCGUUUCAUCAACAGAGAGCUCGUUUACCAAAUAAUUUUGAUUAUGCGUUACAUAGAGCAAAACUUUUUGCAGCAAAUCUAUCAAGAAAUCCGACUAAACAAAUUCAAGUGUUUGAUUUCAUGGGAAAGUUAAUUGAUGAUGGUCACGCGGAAAUAGCUCCAAAAUUAGAUCUAGACAAAGAACGUUGGUAUCUUCCAGUUUUUGGCGUUUACCAUCCACAUAAACCAGAUCAAGUAAGGUGUGUGUUUGACUCGUCAGCUGUGUACAAAGAUGUUUCAUUAAAUAAAGUACUGUUACAUGGUCCAGAUUUAACGAACAAUCUAUUAGGAAUACUUCUGCGAUUUCGAAAAAUGCCAGUUGCUAUUAUGGCAGAUAUAAAACAGAUGUUUUAUUGCUUUAGCGUCCAUAAGGAACAUCGAGAUUACCUAAGAUUUUUCUGGCAUGAAGGAAACAACCCAGAUAAACCUCUUAUAGAAUACAGGAUGACAGUACAUGUGUUUGGAAAUAGUCCGUCACCUGCAAUUGCCACAUAUUGCCUAAGGAAAUCUGUAGAAACUGCAGAUGCUGAAAUUCAGAAUUUCGUAUAUAAAGACUUUUAUGUCGAUGAUGCUUUGAUCUCUCGUCAAAACGAAAAUGAAGCUGUUAGCCUUAUCAAAAGAACACAAGAAGUUAUGUCUGAAAGCAACAUAGUGUUACACAAAAUAGCAUCAAACAGUCCAAAAGUAGUUUCAGAAUUUGAUUCGGAUGAGCUUUCCAAAGAUCUGAAAGACAUUAAUUUAAAACACGAAGCAUUACCUGUACAAAGAAGUCUCGGACUCUUGUGGAAUAUGAGUGAAGAUAGGUUUGUUUUUGAUGUAGUAGCUGACAAUAAACCAUUUACAAGACGCGGAGUCUUAUCGAUAGUGAACAGUAUAUUUGACCCCAUUGGCUUCUUAGCGCCAGUAAGUGUAAAAGGAAAAAUCAUUCUAAGAAAGUUGAUGUCAGAGACCAGUGAUUGGGAUGAACAAUUACCAAUGACUAGAAUAGGUGAAUGGAACGCCUGGAAAGACUCUUUAGUACAACUUAACAAGAUAUACAUCCCACGAUGUUAUUCAAAAACGUCACUGAAGGAAGCUUCACAAGUAAAUUUACUUACAUUUUGUGAUGCUUCAGAACUUGCCAUCGCCGCUGUAGCUUACAUGGUUGUUCAUUUCCAAAAUUGGACACGCACAUCUUGCUUCAUUUUAGGAAAAGCAAAGGUAGCACCAUCAAGUGGACAUACCAUGCCUAGACUCGAGUUGUGUGCAGCAGUAUUAGCAGUACAGGUAGCAAGAACAGUACAAGUAAAUAUAGACAUACCCAUAGAUUGUUUUCGAUAUUACACAGAUAGUAAGAUCGUGCUCGGUUAUAUUCAUAACUCCACCAGACGUUUCACUCGGUACGUAAGCAAUCGAGUAGAAGUUAUUAAGAGAGAUUCUUCUCCAGAACAGUGGAGAUACGUGUCUACACAGAUGAAUCCUGCAGAUGUAGGGACACGGGGUAUACAAGCGGACAAACUACAAGAAAGUAAAUGGCUAAAUGGACCGCCAGAUUCGAUCAUGUUCAGUGAUGUUGAGCAACAAACAAUAGAUUUUGAAUUAAUCAAACCGGACGAAGACAAGGAAGUGAAAAAAGAAGUAAAUGUUAACCUUUCGGUUGUAAAAAGUUUCAAACACCUUGGAUCUCAAAGAUUUACAAGGUUCUCAUCAUGGAAAAGACUUGUGACAGCCAUAGCAUUACUUAAGAAGAAAAUAUGUAUGACAAAUGAACAUAAUCUCAAGGACGUGAUCGAUAAACAAGAAGAAGCCAAAAGGUUGAUUCUAAGAGAAUGUCAGAUAGAUGCAUAUGCCGAAGAACACCAGUGUUUAGCUGAAGGUAAACUUUUGCCCAAAAGAAGUAGCAUUCUGAAGCUCAACCCAUACAUUGAUGAACAUGGACUUCUCCGAGUAGGUGGACGUUUGAAGAAUUGUAACAUUAUACAGUCACUAGAGAAAAAUCCAGUAAUUAUACCCAGAAAACACCAUAUUGCUACUCUACUUACAAGACAUUUCCAUGAAAGUGUAUUUCAUCAGGGACGUCAUUUCACUGAAGGCGCUAUACGUGCAGCAGGCUUUUGGAUUAUAGGUUCUAAACGACUGGUUUCAAGUCUCAUUCAUGACUGUGUUUUUUGUCGAAGAUAUCGUGGUAAAUUUGAACGACAACAGAUGGCUGACCUACCAAGUGAUCGUAUUGAGCAAUCGCCACCUUUUACAUACGUAGGCGUAGAUAUGUUCGGACCUUUUUAUGUUGUGACUCGUAAGACAAGAAGCACUAAAGUAAACAUUAAACGAUGGGCAAUUUUAUUCACAUGUUUGUGCAUUCGUGCGGUACACAUUGAAGUAGUUGAAGACAUGUCUGCUUCGUCAUUUCUGAAUGCUCUCAGAAGGUUCAUAUCCAUUAGAGGAAAAGUAAAGCAGUUCAGGUCAGAUAGGGGAACCAAUUUUGUCGGUGCAACUGAAGAUGCUGGAAUCAACGCAGUAAAUGUAGAAGAUCAAGUUUUGAAAAGUUUUUUAUUGAAUUCCGGAACAACUUGGUUAUUCAAUUCACCACACAGUUCUCAUAUGGGUGGCGCAUGGGAACGAAUGAUUGGGACUGUUAGAAGAAUUUUAGACAAUAUGUUGGUUAAAAUUGAUAAUUUGACGCAUGAAAUGUUAGUAACAUUUAUGGCAGAAGUCUCUGCGAUUGUGAAUUCUAGACCACUAAUUCCAGUUUCAUACGACUCGGAAAUUCCAGAGAUACUUACUCCAAAUACUCUUUUAACACAAAAAAUGAGUGCUGACAUUCAGGAGACUAGAGUUCUUAACACUAAAGACUUGUAUAAAGCUCAAUGGUUACGUGUACGACAUUUGGCUGAUACAUUUUGGAAAAGAUGGAAACGCGACUAUUUACAUACAUUACAAAUAAGACAAAAAUGGAACACUAAGUCAGAAAAUAUCGCGGUAGGAGAUAUUGUUGUAAUGAGAGACCAAGUGACAGGCAGAAUGGAUUGGCCUAUUGGACGUGUUUUAGAAACAUAUACAAGUGAUGACGGACUUGUUCGUAAAGUGAAAAUUCGCGUUCACAGAGAAGGAAAAUUGUCAGAUUAUAUUCGACCAAUUGUAGAAGUUGUUUUACUUAUGAAAUGUAACUGAACAUUGACAGUUGAAAGUUGUGUGGAUUGUAGAUUAAUAGAGUUCUAAAUACAAAUGUGAACUGACUUUAUUUUAGCAAGUAUAUGUUAUUUGUAUAAAAAUUUGUGUACAGUUAUAAAUGUAUUUGAGGGAUUUUUUGUAUUUCAGUUUUUUUUACUUCAAUUGCGGUAACAAACACUUUUAACGUUUUCAGUUUUAAUUCUGUUAAAGUUGAAGGGUUUUGGUUUUUCUAACAUCUUAUGAUUUGAAGGCUUCCUAGAGUCAGUAUUCUGGAUAUAUUGGUAAAGAAAUGUAUUUGUUCGCAGUUAAAAAUGUUCAUAUAAGACAUGAAAAAAUAAUUGAUUUAAUUAGUUACUGCAUUGUAUAGUUUUAUUUCACUAUAUGUAAAACAAAAAUGUUUUAAGGCUUUUGAAUGAAUGAAAAUUGUUUGAAAUGUUAUUUUAAUGCAAAUGUACAAAAUUUGAAAUUUUUUAAGGUAUUUGUACCAUUGUUGUAAAUAAGGUUUAAGGUUGCUGAUCCAUUUUUGAAUUUAAUUUUUCUAUAAUGAUAUUUUUGGUCUAAAAUAUCAGACGGGGAGUGUAAUGGAACUUUCCGUUUAUUACUUUCCAUUGAUUCUUUUCGUUACUUUUCGUUUAAAAGAAAUUUUCGUUUAAAGCCAUGCCGUUUUUUCCUCGUGAAAAUUAACAAAUGUUUUGAUCUUUUUAUGGCCUCACAGCGUAAGUUUAUAAACAUUAAUGGUUUAAUUUAGAAGUUUACCAUAUAAUGUGUCAUUUUAUAGCCGUAUUUUGUGUGCAUUCUUCGUAUUAUUUGCAAUAGAAGCUUUGCAAGUUUCCUCGAAUUUCGUACCUAAAAUUUUCGUACUUGUAUUUUUGUAUCGAGACUACAUGAUUGUAAUGUCGUAUUCUUAAUGUUAAAAGAUUAUAUUAUGAGGGUUCGAUGCUAAUAUAUCGUAAUGUUUGCUCUGUAAUAUCGCAUUUAUAAUAUUCUUUCAUACAAUUUAGAAAUCUCGUUGUUUUGUAAUAAUAAGAAGUUAUAUGUAUUUUUUUUUUCUUUUAUUUACAGUAAUUUACCACACAAACAAACAUCACAUGCAGAAAGACAUAUUACAUGCCUGUGAAUAAAUGGUUAUCUGGAUGGCAAUUCGUUUUUCGUUUUAUUUCGUGUCA